AGACAUCUCGGCGAAUCGUCUCCUCGGUUACUCGGUCAAUUGCAAUAUAAUAGCUCGAGAUUGCUCAUGAUUGCAAAUAAUCAUCAGUGUCCGUGUCGUGCGAGCUUUUUCUCGCAUUUGAAACAAUAGCAGCACACGUUUAAAUAUAAAUAAAUAAUAUUACAACAACAACAACCCGGCGUGAGAGGGUCAUACUCUCGCGUAUAUUAUUAUACAACAAUUAUAAGACUCACUUGGCGUCAAUUUAAAGCUUUAGUGAAGCAAAGACACUCAUUCGAUAAAGGUGUAAUUAAUUAUUUAUAAAUAAAGAAAUAAAUUUUUAAUACAAAAAAAAACGCUACUUGUGUGAUUGAUACUUAUACAUUUAAAAAAAUAAAUAAAAAAACCCACACAAAUAAAAAAAAAUAUUUAAAGUAGCAGAAAAAAAGUUAAUGAUGGAGUUUAUCGGAAAAUUUUAAUUAUCAUUGUUAAUAAAUAAUACACGGAGUUAAUGAUAUAUAAUUGUACUGUAUAACUUUAAUAACUUUGUUAUGUGGAUUGAGACGAGAUUUUAUGUAAUACAAGAUAUUACAUUAACAACAAAAAAGUGAAAAACUGAAGUAAAGAAAAAAAAAUAAUUAAAUUCAAUUGAAACGAAGUCAAUUCAAACUUAUUCAUAAAAAAAAAACAACGUGGUUCAAUGGAACUAUUAUAUUCUGCGCAACGUAGUCGUUCGUUGUCGCCGCUUUCGUCGCGAAGUUGAGCAAGAACAAGUUAAUUAAUUCCUAUGGUGUCGUUUUUAUGUGAAUAAAAAUACUGAAAUACUGAUUAAAAUUACAAAAAAAAAAUAAAUUAUCAAAAAAAAAAGUAAAAGGAAAGAGACAGAAAAAAAAAUUAAUUAAUAUGAACAAAAAUUGAAAAAAAAAAAUUACUUAAAAAAAUUGAAACAAGGCUGUGAUUCACGCUUUUAAUUUUUAAAUUUAAAUAAUUUUAAAUAAAAAAAAAAAAAAAAAAAAGACAAAAUGUUCUUUCUUAACAUGAAAAACGAAUUAGACGUGAGUCUCGACUCGCCAGUGCAUCAAGACUUCUUCCUGAACUCACCCACGUCAAUGGAUGACCAAUUAUUCCAACAAAUCUUAGAUAAUGAGGUAGCACAAACACAUUCCUCGAACGAAUCAUGCAUCAGUCCGAAUCCCACACAUUUAUUGCAAUCUCCGGAACAUCAGGCAGCUAACAGCAGCGGAACAAGCAGCAAUGGCAUCGGCGCCAGCAGUAUGACGAGCAAUUAUUGCGCAAUUUGCGGAGAUCGGGCGACGGGAAAGCAUUAUGGGGCGUCAAGUUGUGACGGAUGCAAAGGAUUUUUCCGUAGAUCCGUGCGAAAAAAUCAUACGUACACUUGUAGAUUUUCAAGAAAUUGUGUCGUGGAUAAAGACAAAAGAAAUCAAUGUCGCUACUGUCGACUGAGGAAGUGUUUCAAAGCAGGCAUGAAAAAAGAAGCUGUUCAAAACGAGCGCGAUCGCAUCAGUUGUCGUCGCCCAAGCACAGAAGACAACACAAAAUCCAACGGGUUAUCCGUGAAAUUUCUCCUGCAAGCAGAAGUUCACAGUCGAAAUCUCGGCGCGGUGCUCGAUGAUUCCUCCGAUCACGAUUUGACCAACAAAAAAUUCGCCGGCAUCAACGACGUUUGCGAAUCGAUGAAACAACAGUUGCUAAUGAUGGUUGAAUGGGCAAAAUCCAUUCCGCCGUUUGCCGAACUCAAACUCGACGAUCAAGUUGCCUUGUUACGAGCGCAUGCCGGCGAGAACUUGCUGUUGGGCGUCUCGAGGCGUUCGAUGCAUUUAAAGGACAUCCUGUUGCUCGGAAAUAAUUGUAUUAUCACGAAAAAUGCUCACGAUCAUCGGGCGUCGCCAAAUAUUUCGCAGAUCGGGGCUCGAAUAUUGGAGGAAUUGGUCAGCACGAUGAAGGAAUAUGCGCUGGAUGAGUCCGAAAUGGCUUGCAUUAAGGCGUUGGUGUUUUUUGAUCCAAAUGCGAAAGGCUUAAACGAGCCCGAUAAGAUCCGUGCGCUGAGACAUCAGAUCUUAAACAAUCUAGAGGACUACAUUUCCGACAAAUUAUACGACUCUCGUGGUCGAUUUGGAGAGAUUUUGUUACUUUUGCCGGUUCUACAGUCAAUUACGUGGCAAAUGAUUCAACAAAUUGAGUUGGCGAAAAUUUAUGGAGUCGCUCACAUUGACAAUUUAUUGCAAGAAAUGCUCUUAGGAGGCGACACAAUCGACUCUUCAAGCACAUUACCAGCAUCGCCGCCGCCUCUUUCGAUGGAUCAGCCCUUGCCAAAUUCCCCCGUAGACUCCCUCACUCCCGUAACGGUGCAAAAUCACCAACAACAACAACCGAUGAUGCCUGAACAAGCGCCCAUGGAUACCCAAGAUCAACUUAUCAUGCCUUCCUCGACCUUCACAAAUUCCGUCAGCAGCACAUCGAACGACAUGCAUAUGCAACAAAAUGGGCAUCGAAGUCAAUCUCACAACCAAUUCGCGUCAGAUCAGCAAAAUUUACAACAAUCCUACAAAGUGCACUCGAACGGCAAAGACAGCAAUCAAAAUUUCGUCGAUGACUCGAUGGAUCUUUAUGGCACGCGAUAUCAACAUCAAACGAUGCAACAACAACAAGGCCUUACGGGAGCAGAUCCCAUGCUGAAUUCAGUCGCUAUGGUGCAAAAUAACGGACCGAUGACGUAUCCACGGAAAAUCACACGAAGCAUGCAUCAGCAGAACUUGAUUCAAUUGCAACAGGGCAUGAAUGGGAAUGAAGCGGAUUUCAAAAUGGAGCUAAAAUGCGAACCGGAUAAUGGGUUUUAAUAUUUUUUUUAUAAAUCAGGUGAUAUUAUCUUGUCAAGAAAAAAAAAUUGGGUUGGAAGUCAGGAACGAAAGUGUGAUUUAAUCAAUUUUUUGUCUUUUGUUUAUUUCAAAAAACAAGAAAAAAAUGUAAUUUGGUGAGGGAUUUUUUUUUUAAAUGAACAAAAUGUGGCCUAAAAAGUGACGGACUUUUUAAAAAUUAAGUUUUCUUCCCAACCCGAAUACAAUGCUCAACAAAAAGUCUAAAGUUUUGACUAGUUUGUAAGUCGAAAAAAAAUAUUUUUGAGAUAAAUAACUUCCCCUAGUUAGUAGUUAUUAAAAAAAAUGAGAAAAAUAUUAAAAAGUUGUUACAAAUGUUGAAAAAAGUGGUAAAUUUUAAUUAAUUAGUGAGUAUUGUUAAAGAUUUUUUAUUUGAUAAAACAUUUUAUACUAAAAGAAAGAAGAUACAAAUAUUAAUGGUUAAGGUUUAUAUGAGAGCAACGAA